GUUUUUUUUCACUAACUUCCUUGAUGACUGGAGUUAUGAAGACGUGGUAUACUUUCCGCAAAUAUGGUAGAGUCUUGGAUAUCUACAACCCGUUGACGAAAUUGAAGUCAAGGAAGAGAUUUAGCUUUGUAAGAUUCUUAACUGUUAAGGAUGAGGUGGUGUUGGAGCGCCAACUAGACCAAAUCACAGUAGGGGCAUCCAAAUUGUGGGUUAACAAACCAAGGUUCAAGAAAGAGGAGGAGAGAAGCAGAGUUGUUAAAAGGCCAGUUGAGAAGAAUCAUGUUAAACCACGGAGAUCCUAUGCAGAGGUUGUGAAAGGAAAUCAUGGGAUGAUAGCCAAUAAAAUGAUACAACCACAGUCGGUAAUGGAUGUUGGAUCUGAUCAAAAUAUGCAGCAAAAAGGUGAUUGGCCCAAAGCUACAUCACGAAUAUGGAAGGUGAAGAAUGAUGAUUGUGUAAGCGAUGGCUUGGAGUUCACAACGAAAGAGGAGGAUUUCCUUUGGCUAAAAGGCUGUUACGUGGGAACUUUAUAUUCAAUGGAAAUGAUACUGACAUUACAAGAGAAAUUCUUCAUGGAAGGGUAUUUCUCUUGUAAGGUAAGACCAAUGGGAGGACGAUUGGUUUUAUUAGAGGGUAGCGAUCAGGAUGAGAUCAAGGAUUUGGCCGAAAUAGCAAUGGAUUGGUUAGGGCAAUGGUUCGAAGAUGUAAAACCGUGGGACCCAACAAUGGUUGCCAGAGAAAGCAAAAAGAAACGCUUUGACAUAGGGCGUAUAUUGAUCUCUACUCCAGUCAUGAGCUUCAUCACGAAAUCUAUGAAAAUCAAAGUUAAUGGGGAGCCAGACGUGAUUAAGGUAAUGGAGGAAAAGGCCACUAAUGGCAUAUUUUCUAUGAAGUCCGAUCAUGUGUUCAAAGAGCUAAGUGCUUCAGAUGAGUUUAGCUCAGAAUCUUGGUCCUUACACAGUGAGAUUGAGGGUGCUUGUGGCGAAUCUGUUCAUGGUGGAAGCUGGGUCGGGGGCAAAUGGAAGGACACUACCCGGGAUCUAUGGAUUGUAGAUUGUAGAUGGUGGAUGGCGGAUGGUGGAUGGUGGAUGGUGGAUGGUGGAUGGUGGAUGGUGGAUGGUGGAUGGUGGAUGGUGGAUGGUGGAUUGUGGAUCGUGGAUUGUGGAUUAUGUAUUGUGGAUUGUGGAUCGUGUAUUGUGGAUUGAUGAUUCAGUAUCAUUGAUCGUGGAUUGUGGAUUGUUGUACGGCCUUCAAGGACGAAAAAUGAAAUCUUUUGGUUUCGAGGAAAGAAUUGUAUUUUUCUUUAUCGUUUCGUUUUCAAUAAAAAUUUAGUUUUAAA